AUGCCUGAUCUUCUGCGCGCCGCAUCCCUCUAUAAGAAAAAGCAUCCCUCUGAGAGCUUUGCCAGUAUCUCACUGCGCUACAAUGUCCCCAAAACCACCCUCUACAAUCGCUACGAAGGUGUUCAUUCCCGCCGAGGUGUUAAUGUUGCUCGAGCCCUUUCCAUUGCCCAAGAAGCCAAACUUGUCCUCAAAAUCAACAACUAUGCAGAUCGUGGAACUCUUCUUACUCCCCAACUUGUCAGAGAACUAGCAGAAGCCGCUGCAGGACGAGCUUUCAAGACUUCGGGCGGACAAUCCACAGACAAGGAAAGCUUGGUAUUCACUACAAUUGGACCGAAUAGUGAACAUAUCACCACUAUUGCUUGUAUUGGUAUCGAUAUCUACGCCCCUCAAGUCCCACCAAUGAUCAUCUAUCAAGGAAAAGGGCAAGUUCUACCAGCAUGGACAAGAGUCAGGGAGCCGGAUGUGGUACAGAAGGGAAUGGUGACACUAUCAGGCUGGAGUAACUCAUACAUUUGUCUCAAGUGGCUGACCGACGUCUUUGAUUCGGCAACCUGUGAUCAUGUCCCCUCAGGCUGUCGACAUCUUCUUUUCCUUGAUGGAGCCGAUCCACAUGUGAAAGUCGAGUUCCUUGAAGCCUGCUGGGCUAGAAACAUAGUCAUUAUCAUCUUUCCUGCUGGAAUGACUGGAGAAUUUCAACCGUUGGAUGUGGAUUUCUUCAAUCAUGUCAAGCACAUUUUCUUCAAUCAGAUGGACGCUUAUCAACGAGGUAGCUCUCUCUCACGAGUAGCUAAGGGGAUGUUCUGGGGUUGGCAUCAAAUCAAGGCGGCGUGGAGAAAAGCAGGUCUAUGGCCACUUGAUGCGGAUGUCAUGGGAGCAGUCGAUCCCCCUAUCCCUCAAGGUCCAACAACUCCUCCUCCACAUGGUUCUUCACUAUCACCGGAUCUUGAAACCCCUCAAAACCACCAGCGCCUCCGGAAAUACUCAUCCCUCAUUCGUCAAGGUAUUCUCAGCCCUACCAGGGCAUUUGAAAAGGCAAGGAAGAAAUUAGAAGAGAGUUUAGCGGAGUCAGCUUUCAAGGAUAGGGAGAUUGCGGAUAUGCAAGCAGCAAUGCAGUUGGACAAAGAGGCUUAGGGGGAGUAGAAAGCGUGCUAUCUACAAAGAUGGUGAGGUUUUUGACCCGAGUAUCAGGAGCAGAAUGCAGAGGAGCUUGCGGAACGUAAAAAAGCGGAGCAGGAAGCAAGGAAGAAAAAGAAGACAGCGGCUGAGAAUGGUAGUUCCAAAGGUAAGCAGCAUGCUUCUACUACAUUCAGAGAGUGCUCUGCAGGUCCCUCUACAGUUAUCUGAGGUAUUCAUAGGCAGGGGAUGCAUGUGAGAUGAAAUUUUCGGUCU